UGAAUCAUGGUUCCUGUAAUGGACUCGUUAGAUUUUCAAAAAAUGGCCGCAUAAAUUGCAUAUCCUUAUAUGCCAAAUUUGGGCCGAGACAAGGGCCUCUGAACCCAAAACCAGCCCCACAAACGGAUUUAUUAUUUAAAGAUUAAAGAUUUUAUUAAUAAUUAUGAUGAAAUAAAUCAGAAAAUCCUCGAGUGAUGCUGAAGUGUACCGGAGAAAACCGAGAUUGAUUCAUCGGCAUGAGGAAACCUUGUUCAUCAGACCCGCAAUGAAAAAUGCCAAUGGGGAAAUUCAUCAGAGUGACGAAUUCUCCGCCUCUGUGUGUAAGAUCGAAGCUUCUCUGCGUCUCUCUGCUCUAUCUGUUGACGGCCAUUCUCCUCUCCGUCUACCUCUCUCUCUCCCGAAACCAAUGCUUCUUUCGCUCUUCCCCCUUCGACCCCAUCCAGACUCCGCUCUUCUCCUACCCUUCUUCUUACGGCCACCACAAAUACGCUCUUCCCACUCACCGAUCCUCGUGCUCUUCCCCUGUUUUCUUCUCUGAUUACUGGACAGUGUUGAAGGAGAUGCAGAGUAUCGGCAGAAGUUCAACAUCGUCGGAGGAGGAACUGAGAUACAUGAAGGGAAAAGAUGACAACUUUGGAGGAAAUUUCAAAGCCCAGAAGAGGUUUUCUUAUUUCCAUCAUUCAAAUAAUGACGUCGACGUUCCAUGCGGCUUCUUCAGAGAUUUGCCCAUAAGUGAUUCCGAUAGAGCCGAAAUGGAGACAUGUACCAUAGUUGUUGCAUCAGCCAUCUUCAACGACCACGACAAGAUCAGACAGCCCGUCGGACUCGGAGUCAAAACUCUAGGAACCGUAUGUUUCUGCAUGUUCAUCGAUGACAAAACCCUAAAUUCUCUCUCCCGUCACAAUCUCAUCCCCAUGAACUAUACCGGAAACUAUCGAAUCGGGGUGUGGAGAAUCGUUAAACUCGAGAAAUCCGAGGGUUUGUACGCAAACCCGGCCAUGAACGGGGUAAUACCAAAGUAUUUGAUCCAUAGAAUGUUUCCAAACUCGAGAUUCAGCGUAUGGAUAGACGCCAAAGUACAGCUGACGGUCGAUCCAUUGCUGUUGAUACAUUCACUAGUGGUGGUGCCCGAGGUCGAUAUGGCGAUAUCUAAGCACCCGUUUUUCGUGAACACGAUGGAAGAAGCGAUGGCCACUGCGAGGUGGAAGAAAUGGGAAGACGUUGAUGGGUUGGUAAGGCAAAUGGAGAGUUAUUGUGAGUUUGGUUUCAUGCCUUGGAGUCCUAAGAAGCUGCCUUAUCCCACAGAUGUACCGGACAGUGCGUUGAUACUGAGGCGGCAUGGACUGAGGAGCAACUUAUUCUCAUGCCUAGUGUUCAACGAGUUGGAAGCGUUCAACCCGAGGGACCAAUUGGCGUUUGCGUUUGUGAGAGAUCACAUGAACCCUAAGGUGACGAUGAACAUGUUCGAGGUUGAAGUGUUUGAACAAGUUGCCGUUGAAUACAGACAUAACCUGAAGAAGAUUGAGACCGCGGAGCAAGCAGAGCGAGGUUAUUACUAUCAUGCCACAAGGGCAAAACCUCGGACGAAGACAAGAAGAUGGGCAGACCUCAAGUCUUGGUCUCUCAAUAGCAGCAGCUGCAGGGACUAUCUCACGGAGAUGUGGGGUUGAAAAUGGAAAAUCCCACUGUUUUGAUUUUCUUUUAUUCGAAAAUUAUUGAUUUAUUUAUUUUUCUUUGAUAUAUGUAUCUAUGUUCCAUUCAAAU